GUGAAGUAAGGAAUAUGGCGAACGCUCUACUUCGAAGUCUGCAUGCGUUAGAAUCAUCGAACGAACCAACAGCAAGGUGGACGGUACCAUUGAACGAUGGUAACCAUGUGAUCGAAUUUGAACAUGGGACUGCUACCGGUCGUCGGAUUGUUAAAAUUGACGAUGAAGAAUUAGUACGUAGAGAAUGGAUGUUUCGUUUAGUCGGUGACGAAUUGUUCACUUUUAAUGGGACCAAAUUUGUCAUUAGAGUUGACCCCAUUCCAGAAUUAAAUUUUGCAGGUUUUAAAUAUUCUUACACGUUGUGGGUUAAUGGGAAAAAUUAUAAAAAUUUUGUCCAAUCACAAUCGAAAAUAUUGAAAUCUUGGUUAACCAAAAUAGGAGAUAAUGAAUAUAGAAUUUUAUUGGAUAAACAAACCCAAAAUGUGUGGAUCAAUGGGGAACUGAUUGAUGUCGAGAAUGAAUUUAUGGAUGGUGGAGCCGAAAUGCUGUUUUCGGUAUCAGAAUUACCAGCAGUGAUUAGAUCCUCUAGUUCUAAUCAAAAAGAAAUUGGUAUCGAUUAUAUUUUAUACAUCGAUGAUAUCGAAAUAAAUGAGGAAGGCAUUUCAUCGUACGAUGAAACAUAAUUAACAGAUAUAAUUUAUUGUUAACAAUAUUGUAUGCAGUAUUAAUAAAAGUCAAAUAAAUCAUUCAAUUAUUGUCG